AUGUCUACUAUCUUCAAUGAUAAUGAUUCACACGAGGGAAAUCAAUCAAUGAUCGCUCUAAACGAUUAUACCGAAGACGAACGAUGUAUCAAUGAUAUCCGUUCCUACCCCAGCCUUUUCAAUGAUGUUUCCAUAGGCAGCUUUCCGCAACAAGAGUGGCAUAGCGAUUUUGAUGGCCAAAUAUCAUAUAAAGAUAACCAAAAGUCUAGCAAAAGAAGUGUUGACACAAUCCUCUGCCACACUGGGACCCAUUUCGACACCUCCGGCCAAGUCCCCGACCACCCUCUUUAUCCAACCAUCAUCCCAGAUGCACGUGAUCUGUACAAUCCCGAGUCUCCUAGUUUAGUGGUUGCCUCGCCCUCGAGCGACCACAGUGAUAAUCUCCAUCUCACCAUAUCCUAUACCGACAUGGUACAAGACCAACAUGUGGCGGACAAGUAUAGAAGCGGUAUUCUCGAUAUAGCCUCACAUGAGAUUGUAUCCUCCCGCUCGGUGGAAUCACUUCAACCAAUCAGUUUGGGGAUCUCACCAGAAUACUACUUCCACAUUGCGCCUGACGCAAUCGGCGAUAACAAGGCGUCCAUUGCCGCUACGCCAUCACCUUUAGGCAAUAGCUCUAGUCCCUGUAAGGGACAAAGCACUUUCUAUGCCCCAGGCGGAAAUUCUUACAAACUGCAAUGCCCAACUCCAGGCCACUCCACCUCACCAUAUGAUUAUUCCGGAAGUCAGACCUUGUUUUUGUGCACCACAACCUCGACCAUGCACACCACCAUUACCGGACAAUCCUUGCCAACCAUGAGCAUCCAUACACCACCUGAAAUUUCGCUGUCCAAUUCUCCGCACAUCCAUUACACAUCCGAUCAAACUCAACUUGAUCGCUGGAUAUACGAAACAUCUGAUGAUAUGCCCCUAGCGGAGCGAUUCGAAAAGUCCAAAUGGGAAUGUUAA